CGAACACUGGAGGAAGCACGUAGCAGCUGGGUUGUGGCGAUAAACGCCAACCAGCACCAACCCCAUAGUGGAGGGAAGGACCCGGAAAACAACAUGGUCACCAAAUUGCUGAAGGGAUCCUGCAAAUUGCUGAAGAUGCUUGUGGUUGUGAACAACGUCCCGGCAUUUGGGAGGUUGGAUUGUUAUAAAAUGAGUAAGGAAUUGGUGGAGGAUGCGGUGAAGAGAGACAAAGGCUGUGAUAGUAGAACUGUUGUGGAGGUUAAAAAUGGCGCGUUUAGCUGGGAUGAUGAAAGCAAAGAAGAGGAUUUGAAACACAUAAAUUUGAAUGUCAAUAAAGGGGAGCUAAUGGCUAUAAUAGUGGGAUCUGGAAAGUCAUCCCUUCUAACCUCAAUUCUUGGUGAGAUGCACAAGUUAUCCGGAAAGGAACAUCUGUUGAUAGUAUGUGAACUUCUCAAAGAAAACAUGUAUGAAUUUCAUAAAUUUAAUUGCGAGUCAGGAGGGGAGGUCUACUUCACAAUACCAAGACUGCAGUCAAUUACGAUUCAGUGUCUAGAGGCGCUUCAGUUUUUGCAUGGCCUUGGCCUGAUACAUUGUGACUUGAAGCCUAAGAAUAUACUGGUGAAAAGCUACAGUAGGUGUGAGGUGAAAGUCAUUGAUCUUGGGAGUAGUUGCUUUGAGACAGAUUAUCUCUGCUCCUAUGUUCAGUCUAGAUCAUAUCGUGCUCCUGAGGUUAUCUUGAGACUUGCAUAUGAUAAGAAAAUAGAUACAUGGUCACUUGGCUGCAUCUUGGGCGAACUUUGUACUGGCAAUGUAGCUGAUACACAUAAAGCAAGACAAUGUUGAGGCCUGCAUACAAGUGAAAAGGCGUCCCCCAGUUAAAGUGUUUAUUUAUGAGGACUGGUGCAUGCCUCACAGUGCAGCAAAAUUAAAGUUCCCCUACUACUGGGAUGGAAAGUGCCUUGAAGUCGAACUGCCGCCAAAGCAUGAGCUAUGAUAUCAGAGAAACAUUGCAUUGUAGAGUAUCUAGUUGUAGCAAUUAUUCUCACAGGUUAUUCAAUGUACAUUUCUAAGCCCAAACCGUUUUUACAAGCAGUAAUACAAUUUUCAAUUUUUGUUUGUUGACGA